UAAACAACCCCAUUGUCGCAUCACACGAACGAUACCACCAUUCUGCUUCGCUUACGCAGCGACCAGAGUGUAUCAUUCAGCCAGUCGGGAUAAAUCCACCAACCACUGCCCUUGGUUCGCCAGUCACUCCAAGCAUGCCGGUACAGGUCUCUUUGCUAGCGGAGCGAGAUAUCCCCGGCGCUGUUGCUGCCAUUCAAGAGGCCUUCGCCGAAGAUCCCUACAAUAACUGGGUAUUCGAUAAGACCAAGUUUAAUGCCAAACGCAAUGCGGUGUCGUUAGGAAUACGCUGUCGAUGGGGAAUGCGUAACGGCAUCUUCCACGUGGCUAAAGAAGAAGGUAGUGAUGAAGUCCUUGGUGUCGCUUGUUGGUUGCGACCACAGCAAGCUGGCAAGUCUCCCACCUGGUACGACUGGCUUGAGGAUUGGCGGUUGUAUUUCAACCAAGUUGGUAUGAAUAUUUGGUACGGCCGUGGGGGGCUGAACGUUAAGCGUUACUGGAUCUGGAAAGCGGCCCAAUCGAAAGUACAAUCCACCGUCUGGACAGACCCGAGAGGCUACUAUUUUCUAAACAUUAUGGUCGUUGUUCCUAACGCUCAGGGCCGCGGCGUUGGCCGCCUGAUGAUGAAAGCCGUCACAGACCAAGCCGACGCCGAAGACAUGAAUUGCUACCUUGAAUCCAGUCGCGACGUGCCCAAUAUACAGAUCUAUGAACGCUUCGGCUUCAAGUUCGCAGAAGAGCUAGAGUGCAACGAUGAUGGCACUGCCAUUAAACUAUUUGCUAUGGUAAGGGAACCGAAGUCGAAAUAAAUACCCCAAG